ACACACCCCCCCUUUUCCCUGGGUCUCUUUGCUCUAGGUGAUGCUUUGGGGGUGCCUGGGGGUGGGAUUUCCAAUUGCUGCUUAGCUCUGGCAAAGGGACAAUGUGUGUGUGAGAUGUCCCCCCCCUUGCCAUGCCCCACUUCCCCUCCAGCUGAGUGCACAUGUGUGGGGCACCCCAUAGCAGCUGGGUGCCCUCAGCUGCCUCCAACCAUGGCCAGCAAUAAGGGAACAAGGGGGGGGUGAUGAAACCCCGCACCCCAUCUGCCAGGGUGGGAGGGCAAGGAUCCAGCCUUGGAGCUACCACGUUCCCAGGACUCAUCCCUGAGGAGCUGUGCCAGGAACUGGGAGCAGGGGGAAAUCCCCCGUGGCUGCCAUGGGGGGAGCUGGGAUCACCCCAACUCCUCCCUCCCUGCUGGGUACUGUGGGAACCCCUCCCACAAUGGGUUUUGCAGCCGGAUGAGCCCCUUGCAAGAAGCCUCCAUUGGACUCCACCACCUCCAGAGGCCAAGAGGAAGCUGGACCUGGAGGGCUCUGGAUUCCGCACGCCCAAAGGGAAGGGCAGGACCUUGGCACAGGUCCCCAGCCCCAGGACUCCCAAGUCUCCCGGGGAGAAGACGCGCUACGACACAUCCCUGGGGCUGCUCACCAAGAAGUUCAUCCGCCUCCUGCACGAGUCCCCUGACGGCGUUGUGGACCUGAACCACGCGGCCGAGGCGCUGGGGGUGCAGAAGCGCCGCAUCUACGACAUCACCAACGUGCUGGAGGGCAUCCAGCUCAUCCGCAAGAAGUCCAAGAACCACAUCCAGUGGAUGGGGACGGGGAUCUUUGAGGACACGGCGGUGAUGCUGAAGCAGCAGGUGCUGAGGGGGGAGCUGGCAGAGCUGGCCAGGAUGGAGAGGAGCCUGGACCAGGUCCUGCAGGAUGGGGACCUGCAGCUCCGGCAGCUGACUGACAACGAAGCCAACCAGAGGCUGGCCUAUGUCACCUACCAGGACCUCCGUGGCAUCAGCAGCUUCCAGGAGCAGACGGUGAUCGCCGUGAAGGCUCCUCUGGAGACACAGAUGGAGGUGCUGGACGUCAGUGAGGAUAACUUCCAGCUCCACCUGAAGAGCACCACCAGCCCCAUUGCGGUGUACCUCUGCCCAGAGGAGAGCCCCACCAAGGACCACAGCAUCCCCUCCCCUGCCACCUCCCCAUGGCACCACAGCAGCCCCCUUUCCCUGCCAAACAGCCCUGGGCCGGCCCCACUGCCCCCCAGCUCCCUCCCUCAGAGCUGGGGGGGCCCAGGAGCCCCCUCCUCACCCCCAUCCCUGCCUCUCUGUGUGCCGGGGGGGCCCAGCUCGCUGCUGGAGGUGGAAGCUGGGCUCCUGGGCUCACCCCAUCACCUCCUGCAGCAGACCGAGGACCAGCUGCCCUGCACCUCCUCCAGCCUGGACUCGGGGCCCUUUGUCAGCUUCUCGCCCCCCCUGGGGCAGGACGAUUACCUCUGGGGGCUGGAGGGUGAGGGCGUCAGUGACCUCUUUGAUGCCUACGACCUGGGGGAGCUGCUGAAGCACUGAGCAUCAGGGACAUCCCCGUUGCCUUGGCCCCGCUCCGGACACUCGUGCACUGAGCGUGUGGGGCGGUUGGGCAGUGUGGGGUGGGUCGGGGUGGUGAUGGGGCCACCCUGGGUGCGUUCACCCUGCGUUGGUGGUCACCUCAGGGCUGUGGUUGUCACCUCCAGGGAUGUGGGAAGGAUGCAGCCAGGUCCCAUGGGGUGCUGGUGUUGAUGCUCCCCACUAUAAGCUCCCACCAUUGUGGGGUGGGUUAGGGUGGUAGAGAAACCCCUGUCCAGAAUGGGCUGCCUUGAGGGGGGGUUCAUGUUUUGGGACCACUCCCUACUUAGACUGGUUCUUUGGAAUCAUCAUGGCUCAUUCUGAGCCUUUUCCCACUCCAUGGCUGAAAAAUCCUUACCUAAACCCCACGGAGAGGGGUUUGGGAAGCAGCGUGGGAUGAGCCCCAGGACAUGGAGCUGGAUACAACUUUGAGUGAUGUUGUUGUUAGAUGUACUUAUUGCACUGUAUUUAUAUGGACCCCCCUUGGCACAGCGCUGGGGGGGUUGGUUUGCAAGUAAGUUCAAUUAAGUUCACUGAAGUUUUCCUUCCUUUGGGUUGGUUCUGCUGUGGGUUGGUUCUUGGGUGCUGCGGGUGAGUGUGUUUUUGGCAUGGGAAAAUUUGUGGCAUUUGAUGUUUUCUGCCUGGGAGGGGAUGAAGUGAAAUAAAAGAGAACUUUGGAGUCAGAA